UUAAAAUUCAUUUAUAAUACUCAUUUCUCAUUGGAUAAUUCAACUUACGCGCCAACUUCUCGCAGUCUUUUGUUUAAAUACAUCAAAAUACAAGGUGAGAUAAGAGAAAUUCACUUUUACACACAUUAUGCUUAAUCAAUAUAAUUACCUUCCAAUUCGAAUAUUAAUUACUAUUAUUAUCAUUUUAUUUUUCCUAUUAUUUGCAAUUCAUCCAUUCAAAUGGUUUUUAAUUAGUCAGCAAAUGCAUUUAACCCCUGGUAGUAGAUUAUAUAAUCAAUGGUUACAGCCGACCAUACCAAUUCCAAUGCAAUUCUAUUUUUUUAAUCUAAGCAAUCCAUUAGAAUUUCAAUCGGGUGGAAAACCAAUUUUACAACAAUUAGGCCCGUAUACUUAUCAUGAAAAACGUUUCAAAGUUAAUGUUAAGCAUGAUGCACAAAAUGGAACACUUGAAUACAAUGAAAUUAAACAAUAUUAUUUUAAUAAAACUGCAUCUAUCGGUGAUGAAAAUGACACAAUAACAAGUGUUAAUUUAGGCUUUAUAGGUAUUGCCUCAAAAUUAUCCUCAAUGCCAUGGAUUAUAGAUGCUUUAAUUGAAAUUAUUGAACAUCAUAAUAAUUAUAGCCUGUUUCAGACAAGAACAGUAAAAGAAUUAUUAUGGGGUUAUAAAGAUGACUUUUUAACGCUAUUAUCAAAUUAUUCAAUCAGUGUUCCAAUGACAGAAAUCGGUAUAUUAAUCAAUAAGAAUAAUACACCAAGUGAUACUAUCCUGAUAAAUAAUGGUGUUAAGAAUCAAAAUAUGUUGGGGAAAAUUAUUGAUUUUCAUGGGAUGCAAAUAUUACCUUAUUGGAAAUCGUUAACAGCGAAUAUGAUCAAUGGUUCGGAUGGUACACUGUUUCAUCCAUUUAUACAUAAACAUGAGAAACUUUAUGCAUUUGCCAAGGAGAUAUGUCGUUCAGUAGAAUUUGUCUUUGAUUCAGAGACUGAAAUCAAUAAUUUACCAGCUUAUAAAUAUACUCUAUCAGAGGAUACAUUCAAGUCAGCGAAGACAUGUGAAGCGAAUAAAGGAUUUUGUUUAAAUUGGCCUAAUUGUUUCAAUGAUGGUGUUUUAGAUAUGUCAACAUGUCAACCUAAUGCACCGGUGGUUGUUUCACAGGCACACUUUUUCAAUGCUGAUAAAAGUUAUCAAACUGCUGUUGAUGGUAUAUAUCCAAGUGAUGAAUUCAAUACUCAGUUUUAUAUUGAACCAAAUACUGGUGUUAUAUUAAAUGUUCAAAGUAAAUUUCAAGUAAAUAUUAUUCUUAAAAAGAAUAAAAGUAUUAAACAAUUAUCAAAAAUACCUGAUCUAUUAUUAUUACCAUUGGUAUAUUUCAAUGAAUCAGCUAAUUUAAACAAUUCUACAAUCAUUGAACUAAUCAGUGUGGUAGUUAAAGGUCCAAUGAUACUUGAACAAGUUAUGAUAUGCAGUAUUAUUAUUACGAUAUUAAUAUUAUGUUCGAUUUUAUUGAAACCAUUUAUUUAUAUGCAUAGAAUUUUUGACUUUAGAAGUAGAAAAGAAGAAAAACAACAUUUAUUAAGUUAAAAUGAAAAGGAAUAAAACAGAAAGGGAAGAAAGAAAUUUGCAAAUUUAUUUUGAAAAUGGAGAAAAAAGUGAAAAAUCGAAGCAGAAGAAGACACAUCUGUGAACCUUUGUUUACGUUAUUUCCAGUUUUAAUCAACUCAUUCAUUAUUUUCGUUUAACUCAUUAUUUUAUUUAACUCAUUGAUUAAUUUGUAGUCAUCUCAUGUGCAUUUUGUUUCUUUAUUUUGAAUUUCGCGCCAUAUUACUUUUGCUAUCUAGUAAAACAAAAAGGAGCCAUAUUUCAUUUUCUCCCAGUGAAUGAUAUCUUACUAUUCAUUCUUUUUUACAUACACACACUGAAGGUGAAGAUUGUUUUUUUUUUUAAUCGACCUCAUAAAUUUUUUGAUAAUUUCUAAUCCGGUGAUUAUUGAUAACAUAUACCAGUAUACAAGUGAA